GUCUUCUUUAAUCCAAUAUGGCGGUAAACGAUUUAUGAAAGGUGCGAAUUGUUUUGGUUCGAAACGAGAAUUGAAAAUUGGAAAAAAACGCCGAAACGCGAAAAAACGUACGAAAAAUGAAUUGACGUCGCGAAAUUAUACGUGCAACGCUCUGUUUGGUUUUGAAUCGAAGUGAGUUUUGUGUCAAUAAUAGUGUUAUAUUUAUGUGGUAUUUAAUUCUAAUGAUUGCACAAAUGAUAUGUGGCCAUAUAUUUAGCGAAAGAUAUGUCUACUAAUGAUAAAAAUACAUGUUCGGGCGUAAGUGAUAAGACUGUAGUGGUAAAAGAGGAAACAAGUGUUGUUGUUCGGGAUGAAGUCGGUGAGAAAAAAACGGAAAAACACAGGCGAAAGGUGUCCUUUCCUCAUGAUGAGCAGCUAGUCACCAAAUACUUCGAACCAGCCAACCCUUGGCAUGAAGUGCCGACGACGACGCGGGCGCAGCUCGCCGCCGAAUACCUGGAGGCGUGCCGGCGUCACGGCACGCCGCCGAUCGACUCUGUGCUGCAGCAGAUACGGGAGUUACCCGAGAACACGAUAGGCGGCAGCACGCGCGCGUCCCGCCUCGCGCUCGCCUCGUGUUCGCUUCGCGGCUGCGCGCCGAUCGACGCGCUCGAGGCGCUGCUGAGGAAGGUGCAAUUUCGCAGGCUCGAGAUGGACCAAGUGCACGUCGACGACGAGGGCGCGGAAGCGAUUUUUGAUAUGAUCGAAUACUAUGAGAGCGCGACGGCUGUUUGCAUCAAUGGGCAGAGGCAUUUCGGCAUUAGAGGAUGGCAGUCUGCCUCUAGAAUGAUCAAGAAGAGCGCAGAGCUGUCGGAGCUGGAGAUAUCCGAGAGUCCGUUGGAGGCUGCGCACGCGGAGGUGCUCGCUCGUGCGCUGAAACCGCUCGCCUGCAGGCUGCGGUCGCUGUGCUUGCAACAGGCGAACCUGGCCGGAGAGCCGCUCUUGUGUUUGGUGAUCGCGCUGAAGUCGAACAGCUCGGUGCGCGAGCUGCGGCUCGGCGACAACCGGCUGGAGCCGGCCGACGCGUGCCAGCUCGCCGCGCUGCUGCGCUACAACAUGCGGCUGCAGCUGCUCGACCUCUCCAACAACUCUAUACAGGACGCCGGCGUGGGCCACAUAGCGGAGGCGCUGGUCGCGCAGUCGCAGCACACGCCGCCGUCGGCGCCCACCUCGCCGCUCUCGCCGCACCACUGUCCGCUGAGUGGCUACGAGUCGCGCGGCCUCGCCUUCCUUGUGCUCUGGAACAAUCAGCUGACCAGGAAUUGCACCAACCACCUGGCGAGGGUUGUGCGUGUAACCCAAUCGCUCUGCGUGCUGAACGUGGGCCGCAACUCGCUCGGCUCGGACGGCGUCCGCGCGCUCGUGUCCAACGGCUCCGGGGCGCUGGUGUCGCUGGGGCUGCAGGCGGCGCGGCUCGGCGCCUCCGCGGCCAAGUGUCUCGCGGAAGUGAUACGGGCGGAUUGUAAGCUGCAGCGUGUAACCCAAUCGCUCUGCGUGCUGAACGUGGGCCGCAACUCGCUCGGCUCGGACGGCGUCCGCGCGCUCGUGUCCAACGGCUCCGGGGCGCUGGUGUCGCUGGGGCUGCAGGCGCCCAGCGAGGAGGAUAAACGCGUCCGCCUGCGCUCCCCGGCGCCGUCCCCGGCGCCCUCGCCCGCGCCGUCCCCGGCGCCCUCGCCGUCCCCGUCCCCGGCCGGCAGCCCCGUGCCGAACACGCACGCCACGUCGAGGUUCUAUGUGACGCGGGUGACGCCCGAGAGGGAUUCGUCCACGGACAGCUCGAGUCCGUCCACGCCGACCCGCCCCUCGUACUGCUCUACGCCGUCGAGAUUCAAAGUUGUGCAGGUAGCCGAGCCGCCCCAAAUACAAAUUCACCCGGCUCAACCGAGAAGACCAUCAUCAAGAUUCUCCGUAACGAGAAACUACGAUACCAUAUACAACCCCUCCCCCUCGCCAACACCUUCGCCACUGACGGUUGCUACUGAAAAAGUACCUGAGAAAACUCCUAAAAGUGAUCCCAAUGAAAAAAAAUGUGUGAAAAGUGAUUCUCAAGACAAUGAAAGUGAUACUAAAGACGAUACAAGUGUAAAAAUUGACACUAAAGAUAGUGAAAGUGUUGAUAAACGUAAAGAUGAUGUUGUUUUGUGUGUUAGUGACACAAAGGAUGAUAAGAGUGUCAAAGCGGAUGGAGAGUGUGUAAAAUGCGAUACGGAAGUUGUUAAAAAUGAACAGUUAACUGCUAAAAUGAAAGAAGGCCGUGUUGAUGAUGUAAAAAUUGUGCAAAAAGCUGAAUGUAUCCCUCAAAUCGUUAAAAAUGAUGGAUCCCAUCUGCUAAGUUUAACUGGUGAUACUGGAAAAGAAGUUAAAACUGAUGACACUAAUGUCAAAUGUGAUAAAUUGAAGGAUGAAAUGUGUAAAGCAACAUAUUCUGAUAGAAAUGUGAUAAAAGAUACUAAAGUGUCAGAAGUUGUUGAUAGUGUGAAGAAGUUAGAAAACGAAAAGAAAGAAGGAAACAACGUGGUAAUGAAGGGUGACAUUAUUAGUGGACCAUUAGCUGAGAUAAGUGUUGUAAAGGUUGAUGACAAAAGCGCAAACAUUGGAACGCAAAUUGACGAAACGAAGCCUGUUUUGCAUACGGAUGCUAAAGAAAUAGUCGCAAGGUCUGGUUCAGAUACAGAUAAUAAGGCUGAAUUAGCGUCUAAAAAUGUGAAGAAGAUCGAGAGCGUAGUCACGGAAAUAGUGACGGAAAUUGAACCGCUCGAGGUUUUAAUCAAAUCAGAAUCUGUGAUACAAGGAACUAAACAUGUAGAAAAUAAAACAGAACUUCCACCGAUAUGUUUAAUAAGUUCUGGUGAUAAAAGUGUAUCCGAACCUACGCCUCAAGCAGUGGACAAAGAUACGGGUGUUGUUAAAGUUGCUGUCACGAAUGUAGUCGAUAACAUUGAUGUGUGGGAUCCCUUACGAACUAUGUGCAAAGAUACGGCUGAAUGUGAAAAAGAUGUCGCGAAUACGCAAACCGUUGAAUGUGAAGACGUUAAAAGUGAUAACAAAGUGAUUGGAGACGCGAAUGUGAUAAGUGAUAGUGUUAAAGAUGUUCUAGAUGUUAAAGUUAGUGAUAAUGUUAAAAUAGGAGAUAUACUAAAAACGGACAGCGGUUAUAACGAUAGAGUCGAACAAGUGUCUCACUGUGAAACAGUUAGUGAUGUGGGUGAUGAUAAAAUCGUUAAAACGGAGACGAAAUUAGUUAAAAGUAACGUAGAAGUGACCGAAACGGAAAAGUUGGAUGUGGAGGUUACGGUUACGGUGAAAAGCGAAACGAAUACCGUUAAAACCAAAGUACAUAGUGACCAAAAUGUAAAUAUAGGUAAUAAGGAAAAGGGGGAUGUAGCCAUUAAACAAAUAGAAGCCAUAACGGCUGACUUAGGUAGUUUAAUACAAGAAAUGCAAGAUCUAUCCACGAAAACGCGUAAGAAGGAUGAUUUAGAUAUAGAUAACGUUGUACCUGCUCGAGAUAAUGUAGUUUUAAAGAAAAAUAAGAGUGAGUCGAGUUUAGACAGUCCAGACUUGGAGGUGUCUAGACUUAUGCGAAAACAAGUUAGUGCCUUCUGCGAUAGUAGCUCUUCGUUAGAAAUAUCGGGCAGUUCGGUCGAGAGUCUCAACACGGAGCACCGUUUGAACCGGCCGAUCAUAGUGGAAACGGUUGAAUCGAAACGGAUGCAGUUUUCGACGGAGAGUAGCAUGGAGUCGACCAGUGAAGUGACACCAGUGAACUUGAACGUGUCUAUUAGCUCGAACGAGAGCGUUUCCCCGAUAAUAUUUGGUGGAUCGAAGAAGAUACACGAUUCACUGUCCAGUUUGGAAGCUAGUGUUAGCUCCAUUGAGUCGGCGCGGCAUGAAAAAAUGAUGGUCACAUCAGCUGAUUCGGGGAUAGAGCACUCAUUGAAUCCAUCAGAAAUUAAAGAGGAUAGCUCCUCCAAUGAAGGCACGCUAACAAACAGUUCCAGUUUGAAGGACUCGGUGAAAACCUCCCAAGAUACGUUGACAUCGCCGAAACGCACUUCAAGUCUGCUAGAUGUGCCCGCACUGAAAUCUAAAGGUUUGGAGAGGAUGAGGAAGAUUUCCUGGGUGGCGCCGUCUCCGAGUUUCCACAUACCGAGACCCGAUCCGGACAAAUUGGAGAACAAAUUCCCAACGAAUCUGGAGAAGCUUUUGAGUCUCUUCCAACAUCCGAGCAGCCUGUUUUCGAGAACAACAUCAGAGGAGGAUAAGAAAUCGACAUCUAGCACUCCGCCUAGAAAAGAUUCAUCUUUAACAAGCUCGUUCUGGUCGUGGGCGAGUUCUUCAGAUAAAUCCGACAAGGACGAUAAAGAUUGUGACAGUCUGUCGGAAGCGACGGACUCCACUCUGUCUGAAAGGGUCCAAGUGUCGUUUGUGGAUGAAUCCUUUUCAAGGAAACUCGACAGUAAGACGCCGUCCACAGACACGGAGAACACAUUGAGCGAAUUCCAGAGCUUUCCGAACGCAGGAGACAACGUAGUUACCGAUAAAUCCACCGAUGAAAAAUUAGUACAAACAUUAGAUAUAAGUAAAACGGACGCAAGCUCGAACGGCGGUAAGCCGGGAGCGUGUGAUAUUACAGAUCUCAUUGUGCCCAACGAAACGAUUGAAAACGUAUGCGAGAAUCCGGAUCCCGUUGAGAAAGCUGACGCGAAAGUGGACGCAGAGUGUAAAGUUAUUGUUAAGUUAGAUGAGAAGCCGGUAGAUGUAAGGCCUCGAUCGUUCGCCUCUGUACUGAAGUCGACCGGCUCGGAGAACUCGUUAGAGAAACAAAGUCCGGACGCCGGGCAGCCAGUCGAUAAGCUCCCAAGUAAAGUAAUUCGAGGCAUCAAGGAAAACAUCAGCCCGGAGAACACCAUAACAGCCACCAUGUCCACGAAGGCGUUGGCGUAUGAAUUGACAGAUAGACAGAUUAAAAAUCAACCGAUAGUCAGCACGAUAUGGGAGAUAAAAACGCCCAUGUUGGAUAAAAAUGAACCGAAACUCGACGAAGUUAAGCCCCAAAGUGAUUUGGCACCGAUCGCCAAUAUUGAUGAAACCUGCGACGUGGCCGCAGACGAUUGUAUACAACUAGCGUAUAUAGAUGACGUUAAAGUCGACGACGACAAUAAAUUCAUUAAGGAAUUGGGAUCGGUCGAUGUUGCUAAAGACGCGCUUUCUUAUUUGGAAUACGAAAAUGAAAAGAAACAGAUCGAAGUGAAAGCUGAAUCAUCAUUGGCGCAAGAGUUGAAAGACGCCGAAAAGAAGGAACAGUUAGUGGAUCUAUCGCCGGAGUUAGUAUUGGAUGAGGCGCUAGAGUUGCCGGAAUUGCUGUCUGUUGAUAUAAAGGGCAAAAAGAGUUCACCGAUUAUACCGGAGCGGGCAAAGAUAAAGAAAUCGAACUCUCUAGAAGAUUUGACGAAACGCACGGAAAAGGAGAGUCCCAAAAUGAAGACGAUCGCCUUCAAAGUGCCAGAAAGCACUACGCCUCGUGAUAUACCAGAGAGACGGGGCAAAUUAAGAUCCAGAAGUGGUUCCAGUCCAAAAUCUCUGCCCGAGAGUUUGAACAAGCCGUGCCCGCUCUCGAAAAUGGACUCUAUAUUGAGUAAAAAAAAGAAAAAGGUGUCGUCUCUUGGGAAAAUGGCGAGAGAUUCGCUUCUAGCUUUGAAUAUGAGCGAGGAGGAGAUAGCGGAGUUUAGGCGGUCGUACAAACUCACCUCAGUGGAGAGUUUGCGCUCGUUGGAGUCGGUUUCGGAGGACGCCAAUUCACAGAGUGGGACGUCCAUAGACUCCAGGUGCCGGGCGUGUCUGCGGACGAGUCAGGAGAGUCUAAUGUCGCUUGACUCUAUAACCGAGGAUUGUCGAUGUUCGGAAUUCUGCGAGCGGCGCACGCAUUCGAAUAGAUAAGAGUUUUAAUGUUAAACGGGUAUUGCUUAAAAUAUCAUAGUUGAGAUGUAAAUUAUAUAGUAUUAUUGUAAAAAAUAUGUAUAGUUUCAGAUUUUAUAUGCCGCAUUAAGAUUUGAGUGAAGCGUGUUAAGCUUCUUAUUGGUUACGUCUCGCUCGUUCCGCGAUGGCAGACGAUUUUUUACCCUAAACACUUAUGCUAUAAGGUCGAAACUGAAUGAAUAAUAGGUCCUAAAUAUGUCAUAGCGUAGAACGAGUGCGACGCAACCCCCAUAUAGUCGAUCGGCUUCAUAUAAUGACGGACAUACAUACAUGUUAAUAUAUUUAUAGAUAUUUGGUACAUCAAAUUGAUGUACUCUGUUUUCUCUCAUAAAAGUAUAUCUAAAUAUAUCUUCGUAUAGCCACGUGAUACGAAAUCGUGAGGUCGUGUUAUUUAGUUUUUCUUUUUGGUCCUUCGAGCCGGAUUCGGACGGUUCGAGGACAAAUCAUGGGAUAUUUAAGUCUAACAUACUAAUUGAGGUAGGCGUUCUCUAUGCAUACACGAGAUAUGUAAAGUUUCGAGUUAAAAUUAUUAUAUUAUACUUACCUAAAUGUUUAAAAUGUAAUCGAAAUAAGUUCAGCAGUUGUACAACAGUUGAGUUACAAACACAUAAACGUACAUAGGUUACAGUAACGGUAGAGAAAUAGGAUUCCCUUGUUUUAGCCGAAAAGUGCAAUAGAAUAAUAAGACGCAAUUGAAAAAUUAGAAAUUUAACCAAAAAUGUUAAAAUAUAAACACAUAACAAUAUUAGAUAUAUACUGUGCAAUAUUCCAUUAGAGUUGAAAAUUAUUAGGCAUAAGUUGAAAACCGUUUUUUUGACGUGAUUUAAAACUUAGCCGCGUUUAUUGGCGAAUAUAUGGUUGCGAACUUCAAAAUUAUACGUAUAACUUUUAUAAAUUUAUAUUUUUAAAAUGUCGGGUUUAAAUGAAGUCUGACAAGGAUAUUUUAGCGUGCGUUUAUAUAGUUUAGAUAUUCCUUUAACGAUUCAUAGAUUUUUUUUUUCAAGUCGUAAACAAUUCUCAUAAAAUCUUUAGAAAAAUUUGCCUUUUGUGUAUGUAAUUUUUGCAUCACUCAAAUUCUGGCGAUAUUUAUAUAAUACUAGCUGCACCCGGCAAACGCUGUUCUGCCUUACUCUUAUCGUUUAGUGGUAUGAAAAAUAGAUGUUAGCCGAUUCUCAGACCUACCCAAUAUGCUUACCAAAUUUCAGAGGAAUCGGUCAAGCCGUUUCGGAGGAGUAUAGAGACUAACAUUGUGACACGAGAAUUUUAUAUAUAAGAUUGAAUUCCAACUAUUGCCACCGCUAAAAUAUUUUUGUGGAACUAUGAAUCAUUCAAAUUAUUUUAGAUGGCAACGCUAUGUUGUUAUAUAGAAAAAUUAUGUUUUUUUUAUAUGUAUGUAUCCAGCAAGAUUGUUGAAUUGUUGAAUAUUUAAGUACUGAUUGGCCGAUAGACGGAGAAUUUUUGUUUUUUUUUACAAUGUCACAUUUUUGUGAUCAUUAAGGUGCCAUUUCUAAUUCGUUUUCAUUGUGACAGAACUGCCGAAACGCAAGUCUUUCUCUGUAAUAAUGAAUAAAAUUAUCUCAAAAACGAACUACCCUCAAAAUUAUAUUAAUUUGAUAGCGUAUGGGAAAUCGUUUGUAGCCUUUUUCGAAAUACUGAAUAAAUCUUGAUUAGAUUUGAAAUAUAUUCUUGUAAUUAGUUUAUUCAUUGAUAAAGUGUUGCUAGUAUUUUUUUUUUCAUAUUAAGCUCGUUUUUUUGGAAUUUUUCAAUUUUUUUUUUUUAUCUUUUGCUCUCGUUUAAAAAAAGAGAACAAUUCAUUUAAAUGUUUCUAGAUUGUUCCAUUGUCCAAAUUGGUUGUAGUUUGUACUUAAAUUAUAUCAAAAUAAAAGGUCAGUACAUAAUUUUGUCGCACUGAUAAAGAGUAACUUAAUAUAUUUUUUUAUUGUCAUGAUUGUAGCUCGUUAUAUGCUGUGUCGAAUUGCAUACGAUUUUAAGAUUCUUAACUGGUAUGUGCUUAAUUUUUAUUAUCAUUAAAUUAAUGUGGCAACGACUCUUUUUUUUACAUUUGCUAGAUUAUUGUGGAAAGAAAUGUUUUUCGCGCCCUCACUAAUUCUAUUAGCAUACUCUAAAUUGUCUAUGAACUGCACAGAUUAUAUAACCACUAAUGCUGUUAUUUAAGUAACAAGGCAAGAGAAAUAGUGUAAUUUAUUUAACAAAGGAUUAAUCUCCUUUAUUUGUACGUACGUAGCCCCACUAAUUGCUUUAUGGAAGCUAUGGUUGACGCCAUUUUGAAAUGCAAAGUUUUUGGCGGGAAUUUUAUAUGUCAAAGUCAAGUUCCGCCAUUUUUUGUGUAUAUUAUCUGUAAAUAUCGCAUAGGCUUAAGCCCGUGUGACACGAUGGAUGCGUUUGUGCGAUUUUUUUUAUAAUAAAACGCAAGGGCUUUGUUUUUGUGUGAUGAAGUAAUGUAAUUUCGAAUAAUGUACAUUAAAUAUUUGAAUUUA